GGCCCAUCAUCGGGCAUUCAUAGGUCGAUCGUUUUCAAUUAUAUCACUGAGUAUCAAUAGUCUGAGAACAUGCUGUCCAAAUUCGUCUCGCUCCUGGCCCUCAUGGCUGCGACUGCUUCGGCCCAGAACCAGACUGGACCAUUCGCGGUGAAAAUCACGGGCAAGACAAACUCCUCCAUUGAUGGUUAUCUCACCACAUGCCACGCCGGCGCAGCCAUUGAGGCAUUGUGUUACGGAACAAGCGACACAAGCAGCAACUACAACCAGUUCUACUACAACUACUCAUCCUAUUCCCCAGAUACUGGAGAAGUCUACCAGCCCGGCUACCUGAUCUGGAAUCUGCCCUUAAACGACGGGAGCGGCACAAUCCAAAACGUGUCUUCGGCGGUGAACAUACAGCCCAACUGGGGCAGCAAUGUCGCCGCGGCCUUAUUCCAACCCAGCUACUAUGAUGCCACGUACUUCAGUUUUGAUUCGAAUGGCACAUUCUUCCUCAGCGGCGGCGUCGACGACGCCAGCUUCAACGAGACCCGCCCCAUGACGCCGACCUACUUGGGUGACCUGACCAACUUCCACUUGUGUUACCAGUAUACGGGGGGUUACUAUUAUCAGUCCAUCGCUUGGGUGUUCACCCUGCCUCCUCGCAAUCCCACGUGCCAGCCGGUUAACCUCACCAAGGUGGCCUUGUAAGCUGACACAUUGGAGCUAGAGACACGCCGGGAAUAUUAUGAAUCAUGAAUCGUCCAAAGUAAUGAGAGUUGGAGAGAAUGGGACAGAAGGUUCCCAGAAAUGCCAUGCACUGAGACAUACCUCCAAGUGGCGAUUGGAUUAUAAUGGCAGGAAUGUGUGCACUUGUGGCAGUCACUGUAUUCGAGCUGAACGAGGAAGAGAAGGAAUACCCAAAGCUAAUAGUAGUCGUUAAUAAACUGAUAUAAUCCUA